UCAGGCGAACUGUUCACUCCGGCGGACAGAGUGCGGCGGAAAGCAAGCGGACUGGGAAAACUCCUGGGGAAAGUCGCGCGCGCGUCUCGCGUUCCUUAUCAAGUGAAAGUGGGAAGACAUCGCGGAGUGAAAGCGAAACUCGAAACGCGGUCGAAACGCGGAGCUAAAAAGUAGCAAGCACACAGAUAAAUCACAAGUUGCGAAUAAACAAAAGCCCCGGGAAUCGCAAUCGCCCAAUAAAAAGAAUCGCGCGCCCCAAACAAAUGGGAGCAGUUGGUGUUGCCAGGCGGACGGACAAAUCGCGAAAAUGAAAUAAAUUGCAAUGUCAAUAUUGAAUUCUGGUGUCCAAUUUCAGUUGUGAUAUGCGUUUGAACACAUUCGUUGUAAAAGUGAAAUAAGCAAAAUAAGCCAGCAAAGCGUUUUGAUUAAACCACAACCGAGUACGAAAAACACAUCAAAAUGUAUGGCUUCGUUAACUACGCGCUGGAGCUGCUGGUGCUCAAACAUUUCGGCGAGGAAAUCUGGGAGAAGAUCAAGAAAAAGGCCAUGGUCAGCAUGGAGGGGCAGUUUCUGGUGCGACAGAUUUACGACGACGAAAUAACAUACAAUCUAAUUGGAGCAGCUGUCGAGAUACUCAACAUUCCCGCUGAUGACAUCCUGGAGCUCUUCGGCAAGACCUUCUUCGAAUUCUGCCAGGACUCGGGCUACGACAAGAUCCUACAAGUGCUGGGCGCCACGCCGCGGGAUUUCCUCCAGAAUCUGGAUGCCCUGCACGACCACCUGGGCACUCUGUACCCCGGAAUGCGGGCUCCCUCCUUCCGCUGCACGGAGAAGGAUGGCGAGCUGCUCCUCCAUUACUAUUCGGAGCGGCCGGGCCUCGAGCACAUCGUCAUCGGCAUCGUCAAGGCCGUUGCAUCCAAGCUGCAUGGCGUCGAGGUGGAAAUCGACAUUGUCAAGCGCAAGGGAGAGCCCAUCGACGAGGCCGAGAAGGAGCGGGCCAUCGCCCGGGAAAACCAGCAGCUGCAGGACGACGCCGCGAUGGCCACGACGACGACGACGGGAUCGGCAACGGUUGUCCUGGCUCCUUCGACGGAUGCCGAGCGAAACAAUAAUCACAACGGCAGCAGCAACAACGGAAUGGCCAACAACGGCAACAACGCCAACGUGAACAACAACAACGACGGCCAGCAGAUUGCCAGCGAGACAGAGCCCGCCCUAAAUACUUGUCCGAUUGCCCAGGACAGCUUCGACUGCGACGGCGACAAGGAGCAGAAGUGCCUGCGCCUGCUGAAGAACAAGAGCGACGACAUCGAGCGGUACGACCACGUGCAGUUCCUGAUACGCGAGAUCAACGUGGCCGCCAAGUCGCAGGUGGACGCCAAAAAGGACGAGGUGCCCGACGACAUGGAGUUCCUCUGCGAAGCGCCUCUUAUAUCGCCCGCCACAUUCUGCAAGGUUUUCCCCUUCCAUCUGAUGUUCGAUAGGCAAAUGAAAAUCGUUCAGGCCGGAAAAGCUGUCUCUCGUGUUAUUCCAAGAGUCGCCGAGGAGAACUGCUCCCUGAUAGAGGUGGUGGAGGCCAUCCGGCCGCACCUGCAGCUCAACUUCGAGAACAUCCUGUCCCACAUAAACACCAUCUACGUCCUGCAGACUCGUCAGGGGGCCAUGAGCAGCCGGCACGAGCAGCGCUUUCUGAGACUGAAGGGACAAAUGAUGUACAUUCCGGAAACGGAUCGGAUCCUGUUCCAGUGCUACCCCAGUGUCAUGAACCUGGACGAUCUGACCAAGAAAGGACUCUACAUCUCGGAUGUGCCGCUGCACGACGCCGCCAGGGAUUUGGUCCUGCUCUCCGAGAAGUUCGAGGCGGAGUACAAGCUCACCAAGAACCUGGAGAUGCUCACCGACAAGCUGCAGCAGACCUUCCGCGAUCUGGAGAGCGAGAAGCAGAAAACCGACAGGCUGCUCUAUUCGGUGCUGCCAAAGUCGGUGGCCAAUGAGUUACGACAUCAGCGUCCAGUGCCGCCCAAACGCUACGACUCCGUGACGCUGAUGUUCUCCGGCAUCGUGGGCUUUGGCCAGUACUGUGCGGCCAACACGGAUCCCGACGGGGCCAUGAAAAUCGUGAAAAUGCUGAACGAGCUCUACACGGUCUUCGAUGCCCUCACCGACUCCAAGCGAAACCUGAACGUGUACAAGGUGGAAACGGUUGGCGAUAAGUACAUGGCCGUUUCCGGGCUGCCCGACCACUGUGAGGAUCACGCUAAGUGCAUGGCACGGGUGGCCCUCGACAUGAUGGACAUGGCCAAGAACGUCAAGAUGGGCUCCAAUCCAGUGCAAAUCACCAUUGGCAUCCAUUCCGGCGAAGUGGUGACCGGAGUGAUUGGCAACCGGGUGCCGCGCUACUGUCUUUUCGGAAACACGGUCAACCUAACCAGCCGGACGGAGACAACCGGCGUUCCGGGCCGCAUCAACGUCAGCGAGGAAACCUACCGACUCCUUUGUCUGGCGAUCAACCAGGACGACUCGUUCCACUUGGAGUACCGAGGACCCGUCGUCAUGAAGGGCAAGCCGACGCCCAUGGACUGUUGGUUCCUGACGCGUGCCACCAGCAGCGUUUUGGGUGGCGCCUCCUCGACGACCGGAGGCGGGGGAAACGGGAGUCUGGACUCGCCGCUGCUGCCACCCACAACGCCGACGGCGGGCGGGGCCACGCCCAUCGGGGCGACCGCGCAGAGGGCGGCAGGACACGCUAGCGUGUCACGUACCUCGUCCGCCGGGGCAGGGGGCACAUAGGAGAAGGGCAAGGACUCGUCCUGCUGCUGCUGAAGCAUCCUGCAAAGUUGCCACUGAGUGCGUGACUCCAUCUGUCCGAGUGUUUGCGGCCAAAUCUGCAGGUCCUUGGACCACUUAACCACUUCAUUUCUAUGCCUUUGUGUUUGUCAUCCCGCAUCCUGCAUCCUGCGUCCUGCAACCCCGUCGAAUGUGUGUGCGUAUGAGCCCGGCAGUGUGUGAUUGUUGCUGCUGGCACGAUGCGGCCGGAGCCCAAGGAACCUCAGAUCGUUGUGCAAGCCUGUGGAUUAUCCUGUAAAAAUGUUUAAAAUCAUCUAAGUGUGUGUUGCGUGAGUCCUUGUAGAUGUGUAUCAUUGUGUAAAGAAUGUGUAAUUUGUUAAUAUGUAUUUAUUAUGAUUCUACUUUGUGAUGGUUUCUUAGGCUGAACUUUUUCGUGUAACUAUAUUAAUCUAAAGCAAAAUUACUCGAACUGUAUAAAUCGACGAGCGAAACAAUGUAAGGCAAAUAUUCUAACUAAACCACUCAACUUUUGGGACAACUUAAGUAAGCCGUAAACGUAAAUUAGCGUAACCACAAGGCACCAAAGUAAAACAAAAGGAUAUAUGAAUAUACAUACUACAUAGAUGUACUAUAAUUUGGUUCGUCAACUUCUAUACAGGGCUACCGACCAGUAAACAAGCAAAAUUGUUAGCGAACUCAACUGCACCAAGAAGUAACUCUAUACAAAUGUACAACCGAAACACAACCAAAUAUUUACAUGGAUAAAUGUUAUAAAGUCCAGUAGCACAGCGACAAGAAAUAGAAUAUAGGCUAAGACUCUCCGACGACUCGAGCGACCCAAAGUUCGUUUAAGUUUCCAUUGAUCUAUAGGCGUUGUUACGAAGGACAAAUCUCUACUUUACUAUAACUGAAAAAUAGCUUUAUAGUUCUUAAGCCAUCACGCCGGAAGUCUCUCUCUCUGAAAUCAUGGACUAUAGUUAUUACAUACCUACUUCGGAGAUACGUUCAUAGCAAUAUCAAGUGCACGGAUGCAGAUACUCUAACUUAUAUCCAACUGUUCAGCUGAAUGUUCUUCUAAGGAAAUGCGUAGCUUAAGAUCUGGUCUGUUUUUGUUGAUCCGCAGAGGUGUUGAGUGCUAAAUCUAAGUUACUUACUCGUACUGUAAAAAGGCUAAGAUGUGUAAAGUGCUUAUCAAACUAAGCCCACUCCCCUCUCGACCAUUACCUGUUUCAUCUGUUCACAAAUGAGUAAAUGUUAAAAGCGUUAAACUAAAAUGAAUAUGUAACUGUAACCAAGAGUAAAUCGCAGAUAAACAUACGCAGACACAAAUAAAAAUAUUUCAUUGAACCCUGAAUCGUG